AACAUUUGGCUUUGCAUCGAAUUGCUGCACUCACCUUUUUGGCUGCCAUCAGGACAAAUCAGCGCAUUGAUACAGAGCUGGGACCCACCAGCAUUCCAGGAUGCAGCCACGGACUUGCAUUGCUGUCGUUCUUCUCUUCCUGUCCUCUGCUUGCCAGAACUCUGCUUCAGCAGACACUGAAGCACUGUCUCCCAAGAAUACAACACCAUUCCCAUGUUUUCAUGUAGACUACUGCUCAGAAGCAGCCACAUGCUGUCAAUUUGGAGUAGACGACUAUGGCUGGAUCGCCGCAGCUGUUGGCUGGAGCCUCUGGUUUAUCACCCUGAUCCUCCUUUGCAUCGACAAACUCAUAAAACUCAGGCCUAAUGAAGCCAAGUAUGUGGGAGCAUAAGAUCUGGCAGACAGUCAGAUGCCUCUGCCUACCGAGGCCACGCAAGACGAAACAAGUGGAAUAAGAAAUGCGUGUACCCCGCUCUGCUGCUGAAGUGUACAAAGAGACAUUUAUGCAGGGUGUGUUAUUAAAAAGCCUUCAGAAGAAGCAUUGACAAGCUUUGUUGUUUAUAGCCAGCUCUGUGUUUUGUAAAGCUCUCCAGAUUCUGGGCUCCUUAUCGCUGCUUGUAUUUACAGUCUCAUCACUCUUUGAUUUGUUUGUGAAUUUACCACCUGUAGUUAAAGGCCCAUUUAUCCGCUCUGCAACUGGGAUGAAGAACCCUCCGUUCCUGAGCUCGUCAGCAUUUACCUGAUGACACACACCACACCAUUUUGCGGGGUCAGGGCUUUGCCUCCAAGCCCACUA